GUUCUUGGCCACAUCGAUAGUGGAAAAACAUCACUUGCAAAAGCUUUAAGCUCCACUGCAUCCACAGCUUCUUUUGAUAAAAACCCUCAAAGUAAGGAACGUGGCAUAACUCUGGAUCUCGGCUUUUCUUCAUUUCAAGUACCCAUCCCAGAACAUUUGAAGGAGCACGGAUUUGACAUUCUUCAGUUUACACUCGUCGACUGCCCGGGCCAUGCCUCCCUUAUCAGAACAAUCAUUGGAGGUGCUCAGAUUAUCGAUAUGAUGAUGCUUGUCGUCGACGUUACCAAAGGGAUGCAGACUCAGACUGCCGAGUGUCUUGUGAUCGGAGAGAUACUUUGCGAGAAAAUGGUCGUCGUGCUGAACAAGACUGACUUGUUGAAAGAAGAUAAAAAACAAGCGUUAAUCGAAAAGAUGGCCAAGAAGCUUACCAAGACAUUGGAAAGCACCAAGUUUGCAGGUUCUCCAAUUUUACCAGUCUCUGCUAAGCCUGGCGGACCUGACUCCCCAGAUUCUGAACCUGUUGGAACACAGAUGCUAGUUGAUUUACUUUCAUCCUUGUCAUACCUUCCUAACAGAGAUCCUUCUGGACCAUUGGUAUUUGCCGUUGACCACUGCUUCUCCAUUCGAGGUCAAGGCACUGUGAUGACGGGUACUAUUCUUAGCGGAAGUCUCAAAAUUAAUGACACAAUUGAGAUCCCCUCCCUGAAGAUCACCAAGAAGGUAAAAUCCAUGCAGAUGUUCAAGGCUCCUGUCACAGAUGCAUCACAAGGUGACAGAGUGGGCAUGUGCGUCACCCAGUUUGAUCCAAAGCUGUUGGAGAGAGGCCUUGUCUGUAGUCCCAGUACUGUACCCACUGUUUUUGCUGCAGUUGUUUCAGUUAAACCAAUAUCAUACUACAAAGGAACUAUCACUUCAAAAUCAAAGUUUCACAUAACAAUCGGUCAUGAAACCGUGAUGGGUACACUUCAAGUGUUUGGCCUUCCUCCUGGGCAAUCAAUGGAUCCUAAGACACAAGAAGCCUUUGAUAUUUCUAGAGAGUACAUCUUUCAAGAAGAGGUGAUAGAUCAGUCAAAGAAAAGUUUAAGCACAGGUGGUUGUGAAGAUUCAGAUCCACAAAGCAAGCCUGUUUCAAGUCAUCAGUGGCUUUUCAUUGAGUUUGAAAAACCUGUGACAUGCCCAGAGCAUUCUCUUGUGAUUGGCUCACGGCUUGAUUCUGAUAUUCAUCUUAACGUCUGUAGAAUAGCGUUUCAUGGAAGGCUAUUACUUCCAGUGACAGAGAAGAACUUUAAGGAAACCCUUUUACCCCAACUUAAGAUAUACAAGAUCAAGGCAAAGCAAGGUGUUGUGGAGAGAAUGGCAGAUGAAUAUUCUGUCAUUGCUCACUCUUUGUUUAAGAAAGAAACAAACAUUCAAAAUUUUGUGGGUAUGAAAGUGACCCUGUCAACUGGAGAACAAGGAAUGAUUGAGGGUGGGUUUGGUCAAAGUGGUAAAGUCAAGAUCAGGAUUGCUACUGGCUUGUCUCCUGAUACUGCUUUGAAGCUUUCUUCCAGUGGAAAGAAAAAAGGAGGUGGAAAAAACAAGGGUACCACAUUGGAAACUCCAAAUGAGGAAACAAAUUCUUCAGAGCAAGUCACAAGACCUAUCAAAGUAACACUGGAGUUCAAGAGAUACAAUUAUGAUCCUAAAAAGAAAAUGGUUCAAUGAAGAGCUUUUAAAACUGUUUUCACCUCAACAUCCAUAUUCUCCAAGCAAUUCUGUUUCCAUUUCCAAUGGAAUUGACAAGGAGAAUUUGUUUGACAAUCAGGAGCAUCUUAAUUUGGUGAUCAUUUACUUUAUCCUCAUGACCCUAACAGUUGAAUCAAAGGUGCUGCUGUGAGGAGAAAUUAGAUGUCAGUCACACUCUCACAGGUUAAAAGGAUAACACUGAUUUAUGAGGAACAUCACAAUAAAUGUUGAUGGAAGAAGUUUUAACCCAUGAUUAGAAUUUUUCAAUUGGUGAUCAUCUACUUUAUUCUCAUGAACUUUACAUUUGAUUCAAGGGUGAUGCUGCAAAGAGAAAUUAGAUGUCAGUCACUCUCGUGGGUUAAAAGGGUAACACUGAUUUAUGUGGAACAUCACAAUAAAUGUUGACAGUAGUAGUUUUUUCCCAUGGUUAGAUAUGGGUAUUAAUUUUUUAGAAGAAUAGGUUUAAAUACCACAGACAACAACUGAAUCAUAAAAAGUCUAGGAAUGAAUAGCACCUUGCAUCACAAGCUCAAAGAUUUAUAGAGUUCAUGUCUGUAGCUUUUUGAGAGAAAAUGUUUUUCUUUUUUUAUUACUUGUUCCAUCAGACAACAAUCCCCUUAAAAUACAUUUUUUACUGGGAAAAUAGCUUCGUUGCAUUUGAGAUUAUCAAGAAAGGUUGGAAAGUGGUUUUUAAGUUUAAGGUUCAUAAACAAGAAUUCAUGUUGAGAUCUUGGUGUUGAAAGGGCUGUGGCUUUUGGAUUGAGUGAUUUAGUAGUUUCAUGGUCAGUUUAGAAUUUUGCUCUUCUCAUUGCCACCCUGUCAUUGAUUAAUGAAAGCUAAGAAAAUGGAACUAAAAAUGAAUUUACAUUGCAGGUUUUUUUUUCAGUCAUGAAAUAAAAUUAGAAUUAGAGGUGGUACACAUUUUUUCUUAAAAGUAAGAAAGUAGAUAGAUCCAUGAGAAUGUGAGCGGUCAGAGAGGAACAGUCGGAGCUUCUGGUGGGACAUGUCAAUUAUUUUUUUAGUUCUAGAUGGAAACAGAGCUCUCCUUCCCUUGACUUCCACAAUACGAUUUUCUCUUUAGGUAUACUGUUGAACCCCGUUAACUCAAAUUACCCAGGGAAUUGAAAUUACUUCGAGUUAUCAGGGUUUCGAGUUAUAGAGGUUUCAUUUUUGAGGGGAAGAAGAAACAUGUUAUUGUUCUCAAGAAUGAACAGGGUAACACUGACAAGUAAUGACAAACAACAGAUCGAUUUUAGAUUACGCGCCAUUAUUUCUCUUAGCCAGGAAGAAAUGUCAAAACUGUUCAAUUAUUUACGGACAUACAAACAUUUGAUAUCGACAGAGGUCAAUUUGUCAUAAUAUGUAAAUGAGAUGAAAUGUAAUCUUUCAGUGCAAAA